ACUCAUUUUGUUCAGAGGGUUACACACUCGUGAAGAAAACAUUUGCCUAAAGCUAUUACUCGACUUUAUUUCAGUGGAACACACAGCAGUAUAUCUUUUUUAAAGUGGAGUUUUUCUUAUAUAUUUCUCAGUGACCUCAUUCUAGUGCGCUAAACGUUUUUCUCACCACAGCCGUCGACGUUUUAGUGAAAGGAGGAGCGCCACAUCUGGGAACUUCUGGGGUAUCGAACCAGAGGAAAGACGGACUCAACAUCCGCCAGUGUUCUUUGUUUUCCAUCCUUUUGUUUGUUUGGGUUUUUUCACAAUACGCACUGUGGAUAAUGUAAAAAUCGGUUAGUUUUACUGAGGAGUGAUUGUUUUUACGCAGCUGAAACUAAAGGAUGGCGAGUUCUUUGAAGAAUAUAUUUCUCCUACUGGUUGUUUGGGGGAUUUUGCUUUUCACUAACAAUGGUGUGGUUGAGGGACAAGAAGAGGAUCAGGAAAGGUCUUGUCAAGGUGCCUUCGACUUGUAUUUUGUCCUUGACAAGUCAGGAAGUGUCAAACACCACUGGCAUGAGAUCUACUCUUUUGUUGAGAGUUUGGCUGAGAAAUUUAUCAGCCCCUUGCUUCGAAUGUCCUUCAUCGUCUUUUCAUCCAGAGGAAACACAAUAAUGAGACUGACAGAAAACAGGGACCAAAUAACCAAAGGCCUGAACGUAUUAAAAAAGGAAAUUCCAGGAGGAGAUACAUUCAUGCACCUCGGUCUGCAAAAGGCAAAUGAACAAAUUCAUCAGGAGAAUUUUGGCAAAGCAAGCGUGAUUAUUGCAUUAACAGAUGGCGAGCUGAACGAGCAGCCACUUAUAGCAGCACAACAGGAGGCUGCCAGAGCCAGAGCAUUAGGUGCCAUAGUGUAUUGUGUCGGAGUGAAAGAUUUUAAUGAGACGCAGCUCGCUACCAUAGCUGACACCAUCGAGCAUGUGUUUCCUGUGACGGGAGGAUUCCAAGCUCUUAGAGGCGUGAUUGACUCGAUCAUCAGGAAGUCAUGUAUUGAGAUCUUGGCAGUUGAGCCAUCCAGUGUGUGUGCAGGAGAGUCAUUCCAAGUUGUGGUUCGAGGCAACGGCUUUUUGCACGCCCGAAAAAUAGACCAGGUGCUGUGCAGUUUCAAGAUCAACGAUACUGUCACCUUAAAUGUGCGGCCUGCUGAUAUAGAAGACACGUACAUGCUGUGUCCAGCGCCGAGUAUAAACGAGGUCGGAAAGGUGGUAUAUCUGCAAGUAAGCAUGAACGAAGGUCUGUCAUUCAUCACCAGCUCAGUACACAUCACCACAACCGAGUGUUUUGAUGGUACUAUUCUUCUGAUUACCCUGCUGGUCCUGUUCCUGUUGUUGGCUCUGUUGUUCAUGUGGUGGUUCUGGCCCCUGUGCUGCACAGUAGUUAUCAAAGAGCCCCCUCCACCUCCACCCCCACAGCCAGAGUCAGAUGAUGAGGAUGGUAUGCCCAAGAAAAAAUGGCCAACAGUAGAUGCCUCAUACUAUGGGGGACGGGGAGUUGGAGGAAUCAAACGCAUGGAGGUCCGCUGGGGUGGGAAGGGAUCCACUGAAGAGGGUGCCAAGCUGGAAAAACCCAAAAAUGCAGUUGUGAAAAUGCCUGAGCAGGAGUAUGAACCGUUUGAACCCAAACCUAAAAAACAUGGAAACAAGAAGACUCCCCAGAACAGGAAGUGGUACUCCCCAAUUAGGGGGAAACUGGAUGCAAUUUGGGCUCUUUUUCGCCGUGGUUAUGACCAAGUUUCACUUAUGAGACCACAGCCUGGAGAUCAUGGCCGAUGCAUCAACUUUACCAGGGUAAAAGAGGAGGCAGCUAAGGCCCCACCCAGUGCCCAAAGCCCACCCCCACCUCCUCCUGACUACUGCCAGGCACCACCCCCUGUAAGUCCACUUCCUCAAUCUCCACCCUCCAGAGGACCCAAUGUGGCCCCAGGUCCACCUCCUACCCGAGCUCCGCCCACUGCCCCGUGUCCGCCUCCAUCUCGACCCCCUCCCAAACCCUGAGAUCCAACAAUAUAGAGCAUAAAUUUGAUUUUCCAACUAAAAUAUGCUCCUCUCACCAAAGAGUAAAACACACAAAAAUAUUUAUCAGCGUCAGAUAGCCUAUAGUAUGUGCUUUGUUGCUGGACAGCAAAAAAAUAAAUAAAUAUUAACACUAUCAACAAAUGCAAUAAAGAAAAGAUGCUAAUAUCAACUACUGAAUAUACCACAAGUGGCAGAGACGGUAAAGGGUACAUAUAUUUUUUUUGCCUUUUAGAAAAGGUAAAUAAAAAGAGUCCCUCAUUUUCAUCACCAGUCCAAUCAAUCAGGUUCUCAUGCUGUCAACCAUGAGACAAUGUUUGAUCACACUUUCUCUUUUUUGUCCAGUGGUUUAAAUGAUGAAGAUGGGAUUUGAUGAUGCAUGAAAAUAGCACAUUGUUUGUUUUUUUUCUUUUUCGGGCAUCAUAUUAUUGAUCCCAUCAUGCUCUUAGAAAUGAAUUCCAAAUCAUUCAUUUACUGCAUACUCUCUCAGGUUAGCCUCUCGUUGUGUUGAUCGAAAAUGAAGAACAUGUAUUGCAAGUGAUGAUGAUGAAGAUGAUGAUGAUGAUGUAAGAAUAAAACGCAAGUUGCACAGGUUGUAGUGUGUGUCCAAAGUUUUGCUAUCUGUUUUAAUCAGGAAUUUUUGAUGCCUGAUGCCUUUGGUAUGCUGAAAAAUUUCUGCCGAAGCUGUACAAGUUUGCCUGCAAAUGAGGAAUUGGUGUUGAACUGUACGUUUAGAAACGGUGUCUAGAAGUGGUCCAGUUAAAGCUUUGUCCCAAAUGGUGUGUGUUCUUUGCUUUUUUUAUUUUAUUUUAUUCGAUUGUAAAUGCUCAUAAUGUUUGCAGCCAGGGCAAUAUUUCUCUUCCUAUUUGUAUGCAUUAUAUUCCCGCAACUGUACUGUAUUUUCAAAUGCAUCCUUUGUGUCCUUUUAUAACACCAUUGAACACAUCAUGACUGCAGGGCAGUUGACAGCAUCUAAUUUAUUAUUCCCCUGAGCAAGAGCGAGUUACUUGAAUAUGACAAGGUGUCUGAUGUUAAAAAAAAAAGACAAAAAAAAAAUAGGACACUGUUGCAUGUAAUGCUCCAAAGAUAUCCCUUUCUAAACUCCUUGUUAUUUCUUUUAGCUCUUUUAUAACGUUCUUUUUGUAGUUCCCCCAGAUGUGAUUAAUUGAAUCUGAUGAAGUGCCCGUGUUUUGAGAAAAAAUAAAAAAAAAGAAGCACUUUUACAUGUAAAUUUGUGUUUGAAUUUGAGUAACUAAAUAAGCAGUUUGUUUUUGAUCAUUAGGACUAUUUCUCUUAUUUACUACAAACCACGUUUGCUUUUUAAUGACUUCAGCCUUCUGUUUGAUGCAUAUUUAAAAGCGUAAUGUGUGCUGUGUCCUACAGAAAUAAUACGCCAUAUUGUCUUUCUACUUCGUAUUGCCUAUAAACAGCGAUAUUGAUGCAUCUAGUGAAAGGCUCAUAAACUGUUUUCUUUUCAUACACUAUUAAUAAAGGUCAUUUUCCAA